CAUUGGUCAUGGAUCGUGGAGGUGGGUGGGGCGUCCCUUCAGCCUUACUAGCAGCUGCUCCCACCCCACCUGCGCUGAGAGGUGACGAUGGCUAAGCAGCAGCAGCAGCCGCAGCUGCUUGUCUAGCUGGCACCGUUACCCUCGCCCGACCUCAGUCUCCAUGCGUGCCCCGGACACAGCAGUUCCGCGCUCAUCUCCUGCCUGCUUGCCGCUGUGUCUGGUCCCGCACCCAGAGGGGUGGACGCGGCCUGCAGAAGUCGAGACCAAAAAAGCAUGUGAGUGGCUCCGAGCAACAGGAUUCCCUCAGUAUGCUCAGCUUUUUGAAGAAGGUUCGUUCCCACUGGAUAUCGACUCUGUGAAGAAGGACCACAGUUUUCUGGAUGAGGACUCUCUGGGGGCCCUGUGCAGGAGGCUGAUGACCUUGAACAAUUAUGCCUCGAUGAAACUAGAGGUUCAUUUUCAGUGCAAGCAGAAUGAAGACUCAGAAGAGGAAGAGCACUGUACCAUCAGCAGCCACUGGGCUUUCCAGCGGGAAAGCAAACGCUGGUCUCUUGUGGGAUCCUCUCACCUUCUGGCCCCACCAAGCCCUGGCCUGCCGGUGACCUCAAGCUGUGACAGUGUCCUCACUGAGCUUAGUACCAUCUCCCUGCCAGCCAUCACUGUGAGCCUACCACCUGAGCCAGUGGACCUGCCCUUGCUAGACUGUACCCCAAGUCAAAGUGACCAGCCCUUCCUCAGCCCCACCCAGGAUCAAGAACGACCUCAGGACAAAGCCAAGAAGCACAGUUCCAGGUGCUUCCUCAAGCACCUCGAGUCUCUAAGGAAGAAGGAAAAGGGUGGCAGUCGACAAGCAGAGCCCGAGCGUAACUCAACCACCUCAGAGAGGGCUGCCAAAGCCUCAUCUUUCCGCAGUUGCCGUGGCUUCCUCUCAGCUGGAUUCUACAGGGCCAAAAACAAGACAGCCACCUCAGCCUGCAGAGGUAGCACUGAGACUCAGGAGGCCUGGCCCGUGGCCACAUUCCAGCAUCCUCAGCAGGUACACUGGAGUGACUGCUUGGUGCAUGUGCCUAGGGACCACAAACCAGGCACAUUCCCUCACUCCCUGUCCAUUGAGAGUCUGUGUCCUGAAGAUGACUACCACCUGGCAGACUGGCAGCCAGGUAGGCACUGGGGUUACAAAGGGCGCCGGGGCUCCUGUGGCUCAAUAGGCAGCCAUGCUAGCACCUAUGACAACUUACCAGAGCUGUACCCAGCUGAGUCUGUACUGGCUGGGGCUGAGACUGAAGAUGAGGAAGAAAAUGAGGGCAGCUAUGCCCACCUAGAUGAUAUCCUCCAGCAUGUAUGGGGGUUGCAGCAGCAGGUAGAACUCUGGUCUCAGGCCAUGUACUCAGACCUGGGGCAUGGCAAGAAGGAAGAGGAAGAAGAAGAGGAGGCCACUUCUUCAGUGGAAAUAGCCACAGUUAAGGUUGAAGACCAAGGUGAGGCCCUGGCCCAGGCAGAGGCUCCAGCCCACAGAGACUUUCCAGCCCAGGUCCAGGCCGCCAUCCAGACAGUAGUCCCAGCUCAUGCUCAGGCCUCAGCCGACGCUGAGACCGUGGCACGGGCAGUGGCCAAGGCCCAGAACCCAGCCCAGGACAAUGAGCAGGAGAUAAAUUCAGGCAGGGAACCCACUUCGGCCUUUAGCCUGUCUGUGAAAGAAGGACACUCCAUUCCUGACUCUGUAGCCUCCUCCAGUGAACUUAACAGUAGCGGGAACUCCAUGAAUGAAGCUGAGGCAGCUGGGUCUGCAGCUGGGCUCCAGGCAUCAGAGCCCCGUGAACGGCGUGAUUCAGGAGUUGGGGCCUCACUUACCAGACCCUGCAGGAAGCUUCGUUGGCACAGCUUCCAGAACUCUCACCGUCCCAGCCUUAACUCGGAGUCACUGGAGAUCAACCGCCAGUUUGCAGGCCAGAUCAACCUCCUGCAUAAGGGCUCACUGCUGCGGCUCACCGCCUUCAUGGAGAAGUACACUGUGCCCCAUAAGCAGGGCUGGGUCUGGUCAGUGCCCAAGUUCAUGAAAAGGAACAAGACCCCAGACUACCGGGGCCAGCACGUGUUCGGAGUUCCACCCCUCAUCCAUAUGCAGCGCACAGGUCAGCCAUUGCCACAGAGCAUUCAGCAAGCCAUGCGCUACUUGCGCAGUCAGUGCCUGGACCAGGUGGGCAUCUUCCGCAAGUCUGGGGUGAAGUCCAGGAUCCAGAACCUGCGUCAAAUGAAUGAGACCUCCCCAGACAAUGUCUGCUAUGAGGGUCAGUCAGCCUAUGAUGUGGCUGACCUGCUGAAGCAGUAUUUCCGGGAUCUGCCUGAGCCCAUCUUCACUAGCAAGCUCACGACCACUUUCCUGCAGAUCUACCAACUCCUUCCCAAGGAUCAAUGGCUGGCAGCAGCACAAGCUGCCACCUUGCUGCUGCCUGAUGAGAACCGAGAGGUGCUACAGACCCUGCUUUACUUCUUGAGUGACAUUGCCUUGGCUGAGGAAAACCAAAUGACGGCCGGCAACCUGGCAGUGUGCCUGGCACCCUCCAUCUUCCACCUCAAUGUCUCCAAGAAGGAUAGCACCUCACCCAGGAUCAAAAGCAAACGCAGGCUGGUUGGCCGGCCAGGCCUUAGGGACCUGAGUGAGAAUAUGGCUGCCACCCAGGGCCUAUCACACAUGAUCAGUGACUGCAAGAAGCUUUUCCAGGUGCCCCAAGACAUGGUGUUGCAGCUGUGUGGCUCUUACACGGCAGCUGAGCUCAGCCCUCCUGGUCCAGCCCUGGCUGAGCUGCAGCGGGCCCAAGCUGCUGGAAUGAGCCUGAGCCUCUACAUGGAGGAGAGUGUUCAGGAACUGCUGCGUGAUGCUGCUGAACGCUUCAAGGGCUGGAUGAGCAUGCCAGGACCCCAGGACACCGAGUUGGCUUGCAGGAAGGCACCAGACGGGCACCCCCUGCGUAUGUGGAAGGCUUCCACAGAGGUGGCAGCCCCUCCGGCUGUGGUGCUACAUCGUGUUCUACGGGAGCGGGCCCUUUGGGAUGAGGACCUGCUGCGGGCCCAGGUUCUGGAAGCCCUGAUGCCGGGUGUGGAGCUGUACCACUACGUCACGGAUAGCAUGGCACCUCACCCCUGCCGUGACUUUGUGGUACUCCGGAUGUGGCGUUCAGACCUGCCUCGUGGAGGUUGUCUACUUGUCUCUCAGUCGCUGGAUCCUGAGCAGCCUGUACCAGAAUCAGGGGUGAGGGCCCUGAUGCUUACUUCCCAGUACCUCAUGGAACCCUGUGGCCUGGGCCACUCUCGGCUCACUCACGUCUGCCGUGCUGACCUCAGGGGCCGUUCUCCUGACUGGUACAACAAAAUCUUUGGGCACCUGUGUGCUAUGGAGGUGGCAAAGAUCCGGGAUUCCUUCCCUACCCUGCAGGCAGGAGGCCCUGAGACAAAGCUGUGAGCUUCAGGCUGGUCCCAGGGUGACACCACCCAGGCUCUGUGGUACCAAAGGAGUAAGGAGAGAGUAAGAGAGGGCCAGGCCCCUGGAUGCUGCUGCCAGGGGCAGAGCCAGGUCCAGCUUUGGCUCCAGCUGCCUGUCACCCUUUACUUCCUAAAGCUCCUCUGCACAUACAAGGGAGAAGAGAACUUGGGUGUCCUAUUUCUACUUCAUGUUCACCCCAACUCCCUGUGUUCUACCCUCCCAAGAGAGGGGAAUCGUUCUAGUAGCCAGAAGACUGCUAUCCUCUACCUGCCCAUAAAGCCACCAUUCAGCCUGAAGCCUUAGCAUCUCCCCCAACUGCAGCGGUGAGAGGUAAAGAGCAAUGUGUGGUCCCAGCUCUCCACCAGACUAGAGGCCAAACCAUCCUGUUGGGUUGCUAGGGUGCCUAUGAGGUUGGGCAGAAGAUUUUGGUCCUGCCUUUAGGCCCAGCAUUGACCCUGAACUGGUUCUGGAGAAAUUGGACUUGAGCAAAUGGGCACAGGGGCAGCCUCAGCCACCACGUCCUGUUUUGUUUGCAUAAAUAUGCUGCUGAUUUUUAUGAGGCUGAUUUAAAGAGUAGGUAUUUAUGGGCCCCUAGGGUUUUUUUUUUUUUUUAGGGUUAGGAGGCAACAUGAUGAUUUGGGAUAGCUUGGGAUGUGAGAGGGGGAGGAAGGACUUCUUUUUCUCAGGUCUCAAGAGACCAAUGAACCAGUCUCCCUGCUUGGGCCCCACACUUGAUCUGCCACUCCCUAGGGUCCUGGCUAGUCUUUGGCCAUACACUGCAAGCUCAGAUGCUUGAGUGGGCUCAAGGGCACGAGAGCUGCACCACUAUAGCCCAAGGUGUGCACCUUCUGGCAGUCUGCUCCCUAGUUAACACUCCUGCUGUGGGACACCAUGGAGAGGUCUUGGCGGGCUGAAUGGACAGGCUUCCACAGCCUGAGACUGCUCAGCCCCUGGGCCAACUUCCCAAAACCCAAAUAUCAACCUGGAGAUAGCACAGGCCUAGCAAAAGCAAAUAGUGGCAAAAGCAGAUAGAGGCAAGGAAAGAAGUAUCUGUGUUCAUGUCCUUUUUCCUCUUCUUGCUGGUUGUAGCAUGCUAACAGCCCCUAUCUCAAGCAGAGGCCUGGCCUCCUGGCCAGGCAACCAGUUAGCCAGAUGGAAGGGCCUAGUAUCAUCUUAGCCAGCUGGGGCUUGAUCCAAACCUGAUCUACCCCACCCACCCACCUUCAGUCUUGGUUCAUAUAGAAAUUCAAAUGCCAUGCAAAUGCCAACUGGUGUUUUAUUCUUCUUUCAGCUGAGUAAACUGGAGUGGGAUGAGUCCCAGCCACCCUUGUAAUUGUAAAUUUUAAGCCUGUGUGUUUGUACCUAUAAAUACUGUACAGUCAAAAUAUAUAUUCUAUCAUGAGCGCAUUAUAACUUCUGGUGGGGUCAGGGGUCUGGAAAGCCUGGGUAGGGGGUGGUGCAGGGUACUUAGAUAAACCAGGAGAGGCAGAGAGCAGGGUACAGCGUGAUCCCUCAGCAGAAAAAUAAAGCAUUACUCUGGCUGUGUGGCUAUCUUUUUGCUGCGACAAGGACCUAGCAACUGGGAACAGGGUGGAGGGAUCGGGGAUGCAACUCAGGCUCAGUGUUUGGGGUCAGAGGUGGUGAGCAUUCACUUCACCCUCUCCUGAGUCUCAACUUGCUGGCAUCAGGCCUCAGGGUAAGGCCACAAGAGGAAUGGAGAAGGGCCUCAGCUCUUCUCUUGGGAGGUGAUGGGAUGGAGGGGAGGUAGGGUUAAGAGAAUCCAGGGCUUGAGCAGGUGAAAACCCCAUCCUAGCGAGGGCCUCCAAUAUGAGUGGCCCACCAGCAUCACCUCAGGCACGCUUACAGUAGCCCUAGAGUGAGAUAACCCAGGCUGUGCUCUCCUUCCUUCCCCUUUUACACAUUAUAUAAAAAAAAAAAAUUAUUUAUUUUUUUUAUAAGCUGAAGGUUGAAGAGUGGGGACGCAACCCCAGGGGGCUUGGGGGCCCUGUUCUACCCAAAAACCAACUAAGAGAGGUCUUGUUACUGGAAUAAGGCUGCUGCCUCUCACUGGUCAAGAACGAGCAGGUAAGCUUGUAGCUUUCCACACGAGCAAAGCUUUAUUGAAGAGGCUUGCAAGCGGAAAUGAGGAGGGCCUAGAGCACUGCGUACCCUCAUCUCACAGAACGAAAGACGGGCCUGAGUUUUUAAAAGUUCUUGGGCAGGAAAAGAUUCAUGUUUAUUCAUAGGCACGGGUGGGGAUAUGUUAACUAAGGUGCAUGCGCAGCAGCUUUCUAGGAUGGCUCCUGUCCUGGAGGCCUCUGGGAUUCGUAGCAGGAUUUAUCAUGGGGUGUCGCGCCUGCACAGUCUCCCGCUCCCCGAUUCGAUUCCCCAGCUAGGGCUGUAGCCCCUCACUGCUCCUGGUGGAAGGUUACACAGCAGUCACAGGUGGAUGUUCUGCACAUGUCCCUGGGCCUGGUCUUCUCUAACGGCUUCUGAAAGGCAACUUUAAAGAAGCUUGUGGGCUAUUUUUAGAUACCCUGCCCCACUGUUCUGGGGAAUGGCUUUGUUUCUGUCCCCUGGCCCAUUUCUUGUAACUUUGUUUGCAGAUUUUGGGGCCCCUCUGUUCUCUGUCUUACUAAGUCUCUAGGUUCCACGCUCAACCCCCUGUUACCUCCCUGAUAGUGUAGUCUGUUUCUCUUUUACUUGUUUCUCCUUUAACCACAGUAGUCUCUUCGCUAUUUCUCAAACAGGUACCCUCCGAUCUCAGGGCCUUCUCUCCCUGUCUUAGUCUGAGUGCCCUGAGACAGUCCUUGGUCUGGCUCUAGUGACCAACAAAGCCCAGGAGGCUAGAGGGACCCACUCAUUUUGAUUUCCCCAAAAGAAGGGACUUUCCUUAGCUGUGAUGUCUGUUGCGGUGCCUUUAAAUGCCCAACCUCAGGCAGCUAGAGGGUACAAGCUUUGGAAGCAAACCUGUAUUUGAAUUCCUUAAGUGCUACUGAGUAGCCUGAGGCAAGCAAACAAUGACCUCUCUCUGAACCUCCAUCUUCUCAUAAGUAAACCUAGGCCAGGAAUACUUUGUCACAAGCCUUACUCACUAAGUGUUCAGGUCUAUCUCCCACAAUUUGCACCACCACCCAGCCCCAGCAGGUUGAAUGCCUGUCAAGUCCCACUUCUCUGUCACCUUUUAUUUUCUCCUUCUGGGCUCAGUCAUCCCCACACUUCUUUGACCUUUCCUCACUGUUGCUCCCUGUGGGUCUCGGCUGACUCGAAUGGAGGGAGGUGGAGCAGGGGACUAUCCAGCCCUUUGCUUUUUUUUAUUUUUAUUUUUUUGAAUUUUAUUGUGUUUUAAGUGAAAGUUUACAAUUCAAGUUAGUCUCUCAUACAAAAACUUAUACACACCUUGCUCUGUAACCCUAGCUAUGCUCCCACUAAUGAGAUAGCACACUCUUCCUCUCUACCCUGUAGUCCCCGUAUCCAUUCAACCAGCUCCUGUCUCCCUCUACCUUCUCAUCUCACCUCCAGGCAGGAGGUGCCCACAUAGUCUCAUGUGUCUGCCUGAGACAAGAAGUUCAUCCUCAUCAGUAGCAAUUUCUGUCUUAUAGUCCAGUCCAAUCCCUGUGUGAAGAGUUGUCAACCCCUUGCCUUUUGAAGAACCAGUUGGCACCUCCCCAAGUUGUGGGCGUGGGUGGGAGAUCACUGAGGCAAUCCACACAGAGGGGGCAAAAUUCAAAGAGGCUCUUGGGGUACAUUAUAUGAAACAACCAGCAUCAGUUAUCUAGGGCAGUUAUAGGCAUUGGAGAAAAUAUGAUUUCCUUUAGGCUUUUGAGAAAUUAAAAAAAAAAAAAAAGCUCAUAACAAUCCAUGCUGGCAGCCUCUCGCUUGACCCUACCAUCUGCUGCCCUGAACCCAGAAAGAAGAGAAAGUAGGUGAUCAUGGGCAGCCCACCAAGCAGGGGAGUUACUUGAACUUGUUGCGGAGUUGGCCUCCCUCACCUGCAACUCCCUUCAGUGGGGCUGUUUGGAUUGGAGUGUGGGUUCUGAGGGGCCUCAGACUUGGUUGGAGGAGCCCAUAGAGGAAGAAGAAGGCAGAGAAAGAUAAGGUGUGGUCCUGGGAGCAGCAGUGGGCCUGCUGAGGGCCAUGGGAGUGGGAACUUGGGCAUCAGGUUGGGGGUGGCCUAUAGGAUGAAGAGAUGGCACCUUCAUUACUCCUUGGGUAAUAAUGUGAAAAAGCUCACAGACCACAUGCUACCUUUGCAACUCCCCGGAGUUCGGGAAACCCAGCAUAGGACCCAUCACAUCAGGGGAGCAUGGGUGGUGAUUAACACAAUGAGCUCUGGAGCCAGACUGCCUGGAUUCAAAUCGCAGUGCCACCACUUACUAUCUCUGCGACCUUAUUUUAUCAUCUAAAAUGAUUAUAUAGCUAAUAACCCAGGCUGCCUGGGACCAGAGUUUGUGCUCAUAACUCCACUAGUGGUUCUCAGACUUUAGUGAGCAUCAGCAUUUCCCAGAGGACCUGUUAAGAUACGGAUUGCUAGGCCCCACCCCCAGAGUUUUGGAAUCAGCCGGUCUGGGGUGAAGCCUGAGAAUUUGCAUUUCUAACAAGUUCCCAGGUUAUGCUGAUGCUUCUGGUUUGGGUGCCGCACUUUGAAAACCACUGAUCUAUAAAACGAGUAUGAUGAUGAUACAAGUUUCAUUCAACUGAAUUCAAAUAAAAUGUUUGAACUCUCCCUCAGUCCCAUAGGAAGCACAGUCCCUGCAGACCAGGGACUCAAGGGCUCAAACGCAUUGCCCCUUUCUAGCUACGUGGUUUACUUACCCUCUCUGAGCCUUGAUUUCCUUCUCUUUAAAAUGGGGAAAAUAUUACCUCAUAAGGAGGUUAUGAAUAGUCAAAGUUUCUAGCAUGUGGUGAGUGCUUAAUAAGUGGUAGGUCACAUUACUGCUAUUUGUCUUGCUACUGCUAAUAGUAAUACUAAUACACACCUUCCUUUGUUACAUAGGACAGAGUCCACUGCUACAUUUGGUCGGAGGUGAGCUCAGGAAGGAGAGUCCGAAGGAGAAAAGGACAGGAAGAAUGCCUGUGCUAGCAUUCCCUGCUCAGGUUCCUGAGCGGCAUCAGUCCUCUGGUCUCUGACUUUAAGGCCCUGCCUAUCCAGAGAUUCUCCUUCCAAGGUCUUCCUCUUCUCAGGCUUGUGUUUCAUUUUAAUAAGGCUGCCUAUUCCCUUCCUGGCAGACUACGGGCAUCCCAAACUUAAGUUUCUACAGGGGCCAGGCAGGUAACACAGAUAAGCAAAGCAUGCUGGGUAAAGACCAUGGUGUGACUGGGCAGUGUAUGCCUCAUCUAAUGGAGGUAGCAGCUAUUCCUUUCCCACUUAUUGUGGACAGGCAGAAACGUGGGUCCAGAUCCAGAUAGCCACAACUUCUGAUUUUUCCGGGGAAUCUAGAAAUCCAGAUUUUUAUGUAAAAUAUCCCCAUUUUUAAAUGUUGGUGACUAAUUAGAAAAUUUUUAACAUAUCACACAGCAGGCCACACAUGCAAACAUGAGUAGCUUGCUGGUUUGUACCCUGUGCUCUAGAACUACAUUUUCAAAAGGAUGACUCCCUUUCGGGGGUCUUGGCCAGGCAUCCUGUCCCUCUUGGGUCCAGCACAUGCACGGACCAGGGGGCCACCCAGUGCUGUCCCCCCACUGAUUCUUGCCCAACUCAUAGCACAGGCGCUUGAUGGCCAUGGUAUGCAGGCUGUGCUUGGGUGCGAAGUAGCAGGGCAUGCACAUCAGGAAAAGGCUGCCUAGGCAGGUGGCAUAGACACAAAUGCGAAGCAUCAGGUUGGCCAGGAGGUUCUCAAAGGAGGAGAUGCUGUUUCUGUUGGGCUUGCAGCUGAGCACUUGGGAUGCGUAGCUGCAGUACUGGAAGUGUUUGAGGGAACUGCUGGCAUAAAAAGUUGUAUGAUAGCUACAAAAAAAAAAUAGUUACCAAAAAAGAGAGAAAGAAAAAAAAGUAGCUGCUUAGGCUGCUCAUGGGAUUUGGUUCCUUGGUUUGGAAGUUUGGGGUCAUGGUUUCAUACAAAAUUCCAGUUAAUUGGCCUAAUAACAUGUUAGUGCUUCUGUUCUACCUCCUAGUUCAUUGCGUAGUGCCUGGAGUCUUAAAAGUGGCCAUCCAAGAUACAACAGUUGGUCUCUAUUGCCCUGGAACAACAAAGGAAAACGGGACUACUAAUUGUACCCAUGGGAAUGGGUGGCAGUGAGGAUUAGUAGAGUACAUGUGAUCUCUCCUGACUUUAUCCCUGCUCAGCUCCCAAGCCCUGUUCCUUUCUGUAGAAACUCUCUCAUAUUGUCUCCUGAACCCAGUGCUCCCACUCUGGCCCAAGUACUUGUUUGCGUCCAGUCUCUCCACUUUCUUCUGCCAGGUCAGUCUUAACCUUCCUGGGACACUGAGUGUGCCUGAGGGGUGGUGGAGGAGGGUGGCAAUGGGCAGUAUGGGCAAGGGUGCUAAAAAUGGGGUUAUGUACAGAACAGAGAAGAGCCCAUAGUCCUGAAGUAUGGAGGCACUCAGACCACUGAUAUUAGUGCAUUCAAGUCCCUGUGGCAGUAGGGUUGGAGUGCAGAACCCAGGGUCAAGCCUCAUUUCAAUACUCUCAGAGGUGUUUGGCUUUGCCCAAGCAACCCAUGGGGAUGGCAAAGAACCUUGAAAGAAGAAAUUCAGGAGCUAUGAGGCCCAGCCUUGGUGUUAGUGCCUAGCAGGAAAGACAAGGUCUUAAAAAGACCCAAGCUGGGGCUCCAAAAUAAAAGACAUGCAUUGACAUAUGACGUGGCAUUUCAAAUGCACACAAUUUAGCUAAUAGCAUACUGGCAAGUCUGCUCCCAUAGCCCCUACCCCUUCACUCCCCACCAGCUUUCAUCCCAGUCUGCCUCUUAGGUCCUCAGGACGUGCAUGGAUGGGUAUGCCCAAGCCUAGCCACCAAGUGUUGGGUCCUGAUACUACAGGUCUUAGUGCCAAGCAGGCAAAGGAGUCUGGCAGGGAAAGGGCCUCAGAGAGAUACUGGGAGUUUUUGAGCUGGACUGGCCCAUCACCCACACCUCAGACUUCCCAAGAAAGUGAGGCAGAACCAAGAUAAUUGCCUUCAGUUUAAACCCAAUGGUUCUCAACAGAGGGUGAUUUUAUCCUUAAUUAAGGGCAAUUUGGCAAUGUCUGGAAACACUUUUGAUUGUCACAAAUGGGCGUAGGGGGAGGAGUGUGCCACUGGGAUCUAGUUGGUAGCCGCCAUGAAUGCUCCUCAGCAUCCUGUAUGCACAGGACAGCACCCCAACAAUCCGCACCUCCACGUACAACAAAGAAUUACUGUGUCUGAAAUGUUCAAAGUACUAAAGCUAAGAAACCCUGGUUGAACCCAAAUUUUUCCAGCUUCAAUUGGGUUAGCCGGACAAAGCUGAUGGGACCAAAAUCCAUAAAGCUGGGAGAUCAAGGGAGAGAUGAAGAGAGAAGAAAAGAAGGGACACAAGGAACCAACUUCUGUACUCCAUGGCCCUAUUUUCAGAGCCCUGAAAGGGAAGGGGCCCUCACAGCCAGUUCAGCUUGGGCGUCUGGAUGCAGAUAGUGGGCAUGUGGGUGAGAGAAUUGUUCUGCAGGUACUUAGAAGGGGCAAGCAAGCAGACAGGACUGAGUGCCUUCCAGGGGUUCUGCACUCUGCUGGGCACCCCAGGGAGACAGCAUACCUAAGAUUCUUCCCUCAGAGCCACGUGGCCCUUUACACCAGACAAAGCAUGGCUUAUCUGAUCCUCACAAAUGCUCUGUGGGAUUGGCAAUAGUGGUCGGGUAGUGGGGAAAAAAAACUGAUCUGAGAAUCAGGAGCCGUAGGGUCUUGUCUUAGGUUUAUAGGUUCUGAACUAGGUGUCCCUCAGCAAGCCCCACCCAGCUCUUCCUGAAAACCCACCCAGUGGAAGUGGAGACAUGACCCAGGGGUCUAAACCAAGGACUGCCCUCUACACACCCCAUCAAUCCCAGGGGAUGGACUUGGGGACUUCUGAGUCCCUGUUCUCUGGACAGGGACCCCUGCCUUUCUACUGUGUAUAGGUAAGUUCAUGCAUGAACAUACAUGCCUACAGGCAUGUGCACCAUAUAUGCACACCCAUGAGCACCCACAUGAACUCAAACACAUAGAAACAUACACAGACAUCAGAUCAGUUGCCUUCUGGCUGGAGAAAAUGUGGGGAGCAGGGAGGAUAAGGUUGGGAACUUACAGAAGGUGCAAGAGGGGGUCUGGGAGCAGCGGAAUGAGAUUAUUAUUGCUUGAUAUAAUGUGAAGAGGUAAGUCCCAGCAAGGGGGGAGCAGCAAGCAGGGAGCUGCCCAGCUCUGUGAUGGGGAGUAGCCAGAGGCAUGUUCUCCAUCAGCUUUUCCCCAGACUGCUGCCCUCAUCCUGGACAGCCUCCAGGAAAGCUUCAUAGAGUUUUCCCGACAAUGAGACCAAGAAAUUUUUAAACAUCCAAUGUGAAGUCUCCUCCCCAGUGUGGGUCUCGCUUGGUCCCCAACCUUUCAUUGUCCUGGCUGCUCCAAACAUAAGGGGUGACUGCCAACAACUACUAUGUGAACUGGUCUCACUGAGGCCCUUUCUUGACUCCCCUCCAUCUCUAUCCCCACUCCCAAAAGGAAGGAAGCCACUCACAACCACCCCAGACAGGAAAGGCCCUGAAAGAGCUGUGGGGCCAGUGAGCAGACAUGAUUAUGGAAGCUGUGGGAGCAACAAGGCCCAAAAAGAGAUCUAAGUCAGGGGCAAAGGCAGGGCUGGGCAUGGGGCUACCUGGUCAGUGGGCAUUCUGGAGAGCCCAGGAGUGCUGGCUUGAGUAGAAAAAAAAAACCUUCAAAAGUAAAUUUGAUUUAAGAGAGAAAUACAUGGUAAAUUCCUAAAUUACCCAUGAAAGGCACAGACAUCUCUCUCUAGUGAGUCCUCCUGUGGAAGAUUAGUUAGUCUAAAGGUUACUUUUGGCCUAAGUGCCCUCUUGCCUCCUCAUGAAAACAGCUUCUCCAAAGGGGCCAGCCAGCUCAUCGGUGCCCAGGAUUGCAAGGGAAGCAGGUGAGAGAGUGCAGGUGGUCCUCUGCAGCCUAUCCACUUGCUGGAGACACAACUCACAGUCCUCGUCCUUAGACUAAGAGUUGGAACUAAAGGCUUGACCAUCUUUGUUAAGAAAGGGCUUGGUAAAAUCUGGGAAAAGGGGAAGUGAUAAAAUGUUCUUGAAGGUCUGACCAGUGAUCCUUGGGAUCAGAGAGAGUGUGGCUCCUGGAUACAGAAUCAUUUACAACUAGGGGCUGAGUUCCACCCACCCCCACUCCAGGACUAAUAGCCAGUGGCCAGCAGGCAUGCGCUCCAAAGAAAAUAUCAAGGCCACCUCAAACUGGGGUUUCU